AUGUACUUCGAGCAGGAUAUCCUAUGCUUCAUACAUCUGGUGGAGCAGUCCUCGUCCUUCAUUAAGUAUGAAUAUAUAGGACUAGGAUAUUUGGCAGUACUUACAGACCAGCAUCUGAUGCUUAUCUUUAAUGCAAUUGCUCGCGUUUGUUCUGGAGUGCUAUGCGACAGUCCCGAUGUCAUUGACUUCGCAAUUAAUCUAAGAAAAGAGGAAGGAAAAUCUAUGUCAUUCGAUUUGUAUACUCUUCACACUACUUCGAGUGGUCUUCUCCUAAGAGUGCAGGCUUAUCCUUCGCGGAACUUACGUCUUUCCAUACCACUUACGGCGCCCCACACGGUGGUGUUUUCUCGGAACCAUUUAAGCUCUGAACCACUCUUGGUAGAACAGGAGGGGGCACAUCUUAAGGUUUCCACUUUUUUGCUAAUGGACCUCACUGACCAUUUAAAGAUCAUGGUGCGGGAGAAGAAGUUUGCUGAGGCCAGACAAUUUGCAAUGAUGUAUGGCUUAAGCACCUGCGUCAUUGCGCAGUUUGAGUUUCAGGCUUGUCUUGAAACUUUGGUGGCAAAUACUGGUAAACUCAGCCACUUUCUUAACGAUGAAACCAGCAAUGCAGUGAUUUUCGAUUGCGAUUCAAUUUGUGAACGAGCCAUCAAACUUCUUGAUGAUUUCACAGUGGUAGAGUCGUCAGAAGCAAUUAUCCGUUUAACGAAAAGUGGGAUUAUACCCUCUGUGGGUAAACAAUAUCAACUCUUGGAAAGAGUUCUUGAUAAGGCCGUUGCGGUUACACUAAAAGGACUGGAAGCAUUUCGUAAGCUCAAAAAGUACCGAGACCUCAGCUGCAUUUCAUGGAAUAAGUUUAUUUCAUCCGGGAUAACGACCGAGUUUGCUGAAUGUUUUACCAAGUGGGAGGACUACAGUGAUGGCUUCACAAUUUGGGGCAUGUUCAAGACAGAUUUGACGUUGAAUUUGACCGUCCAUUCGGUCGCUGCUUUUCUCUCCAUCCUCUCACUCAAGCCGCUCACAUCCGAUUGCGUAAACCUCGAACUUGAACGGCUUUUGGUGGAGACUGAAAACGCAUUGCAUACUUGGUUAGGUACUGAGUUGGUUCCCGCAUUAGUCACCUAUUGCCCUUCUGCUUUGCCACUCUUAUCUAAGUGGUUGGUAAAUCGCAUAAGACAACUUGAGGGUUUUGUCAAGAGCUCUGGCGUCCACUGCUGUUUUGAUUGGCCGGAGGCUGCCAUUAGCUGGUCAGAGGUGCUGUUGAGCAGGGCUAAACCAGCGACCUGUGGGGAUGAAAUGACAUCGCAAGAAGAGGUGGACUUUCUUGUCUCCGGUCUUUAUAGUCGCAGUGCGGAGGUUGAUCCUUUCUACGAUCUUCGUUGCCUUUUGUUUGAUCUGGUCACUAUCAAGAACCUUGUUGAUAAGUAUAACUUUAAGCUGGAUCUGGCCAGCUGCAGGACCAUGGAUGCAAAGUCGAUUGCUUUCAAGCUUAUAGACGUCGCUGUUACUUCAUAUAGUGCUUGUGAUAAAACCACCAUUUUGAUGGAUCGGGUGAUCAACUUCAUGGGGGAAAGAGGUCUCUAUGCUGACAGUGUCUACUCUGACUACUGUUUUAACCUUUUGGCUGCAUUCAAAUCCCAUACUUUGUCCCAAAACGAUACGACCUUCACAAAUGAUAGGAAACAGCUGACCCUGACUGAAUCAAAUACCUCAACCGAUUUGAUCCAUCGUGCUUGUUUGGUUGCUUCGUGGAUCAUAUCACUGGACUACCGAUACAGGACUGCACAAUUUCUGGCAAAAGUCACUCCGAUGCCCUGGCCCGACCAACUCCAUGCAGUUGUGGAUUCCGUUUUUGCUGACUGUAGUUUGAGUUGUUGUGAAAGUAUGUACACAGCCGUACGGGUCCUUUCACGUCAAUCCAAUAGAGCAAAAGCCAACAGCAUUCUUUCUUCGUAUGGAGUUGAGUUAGACACUCGCCCCGGCUUUGGUCUGGCUCGCAGUCUAAGUGGCCUCUUGUUGCAUGCUUCACCAGCCUGGGUAACUAUCCCAAGCCUGGGACUGUCAUUGUCGCGUUCCCUUCGCACCCGCCAAGAGGUGCUAGCAGCCGCGCUUCAAGUGGCACAACUUCUCGCGAUGCCGAGCCAAUGCUCUCCCGACCCUCCUGUCACUGCUUCCCAUGCACUCGCUGUUGUCCACCUCCGUCUUGCUCUCCACCAAACUAUUCUUUGUCCCAUCGACCACCUUGACGUUCACCAGCGCGUUCACUAUCUCUUAUCGACGGUGUUUGAAGAAGUACUAGCUCUCGAGCAAGCUGGUGGUCAGAGUUUCGUGGAGUCUCUGUUUGCUGAGGCUCUCAACGACCUUGUGGCGUUAUGGGACGUCACUCGCUGUGGCUCUGAGUGCGGUUCGGACAAGGCAAUACUGCGAUCUGCCUUUAAACACUCUUCCAGCGAUGGUCCUUUUGAUCCCCAAAGCGUCGCGCUCUUCAAUCUUCUCCUGCAGUGGACCCAAACAAAGCAUUUUGAACAAUUGGAAGAAGCCGAUGUUGAUAUUCUCCUUGUUGAGACAUGGCUAACCGAUAAGCUCCCUAUUAAGACUGUUGUCAUGGUGAUGGAGCAACUUCUCGAACGCCUAAAUAAGUUUGAAGGAAGUGUGGUAACUCCUAGCAUAGCACAUCGGUUUGUCGUCAAGGAUGUUCUAUGGUGA